CGCAAAGCAACGACCGGAAGGGCGGUGGGCACCCUGUGGAUCAGUCCGUCCCAUUCCCAACGCCUGGUGCCCCAGUCCCUACUGGUACGGUCCUCACGUCCGCACCACCCAUCAUACCGUGACCCCGAACCUUUUGCUUGGCUGUCUCUAAUUGCUGCGUACCUGACGUACCUUACUCUACCUUACCUGAGCUUGGACGAGUCGGGCUUGGUCCUGCCAGUCCAAUUCAGUCCGGUCAGGUCAGGCACGCCCGGCUGCUCCUGCUCGUCAUCCAGUCCUCCUUCCCCCUUGGUAAUUAACUAAAGACUGGACACAUAAAGAUGCCCACCUCCACCUCCUCGUCCUCUGCUCCCUCAUCUUCUCGCCCUUCUCGCCCUUCCCUGCUGCCAAUUGCGACCUCCAAAGCUAGCGCUAUACUCUCGGCUGAUACUUCGUCGCCCGUCUCGACUGUCCCUACCGUCAGCUCCACCCCAACCGACAUUGGCAAAGACAUCGCAGCCGCUUCCUCAUCCUGUGCCGGAGCUGGCUCGGCCCGCGACAAUAUCGAGAUGGAGCCCAUAGUCACGGGUCACAGACGCCGCAAGAGCAGUCUCAUGGGUGGCACCGCCGGCCUCUCACCAGUGAUAGCUGGCCGACCGCGAUCCCAGAGUUUACGGACACCUCAGUUCCCCCGAUCACCGGUCGCAAGCUCGAGUCUCGUCGAAGAGCCAAAGAUAGCGGAAGAGGGCGACCUCGUGAACAGCCCGGCCCCGAGAAAUUUCGCCAACGACUCGGACAGUUACAGCGAUGACGUUCGCGACGAUGAGGAAACAGGGUUGACCAGGCAGGAGAAGAGACGUCAGCAGAAGAAACGGAAGCGCAACACGCUGCUGGACCAGCGCAUAGCCAAGGAAAAGGAGUCGUCAACGGCUCCGGAGGGAGCUGAUCAGGGGAUUGUCAUGCGCAUAGCCAUCAAUGUUGGCCUCAUACUACUCUGGUACUUCUUUUCGUUGUGCAUUUCCUUGUACAACAAGUGGAUGUUCGACGAAGACAGACUCAAUUUCGCAUUUCCCCUAUUCACAACGUCAAUGCACAUGGUGGUGCAGUUCUGCUUGGCCGGCGCCGUCUUGUACUUUGUGCCAUCAACCCGACCGGGAAAGUCGCACUCAUCGGACAGCGGGAGAUCAAGGCACGAAGACGAACCGGCCAGCAAUAGCGGCAAUUCCAUCAUGAGCAAAAUGUUCUACUUUACGAGGAUCGGCCCAUGCGGUGCCGCGACGGGACUGGACAUUGGCUUGGGCAAUACGUCGCUCAAGUUCAUCAGCCUCACUUUCUACACCAUGUGCAAGUCAUCGUCGCUUGCCUUUGUCCUAUGCUUUGCAUUCCUCUUUCGCCUCGAGACACCCACAUGGCGUCUAGUUGCCAUCAUCGCCGUCAUGACCGUUGGGGUCGUACUCAUGGUCUUUGGCGAGGUCCAGUUCCAUGUCGGUGGCUUUGUACUGGUCAUCUCAGCCGCCUUCUUCUCUGGCUUUCGAUGGGGCCUCACCCAGAUCUUGUUGCUCCGGCAUCCAGCAACCUCGAAUCCCUUCUCAAGCAUCUUCUUGCUCACACCCGUCAUGUUUCUCACAUUACUCAGUCUGGCGAUUCCGGUCGAAGGAUUCACGCCUCUGUUUGGUGGCUUGGCGGAAUUGAGCAAAGAAUUCGGCGUCUUCCUGACGCCCUGUUUUCUAUUGUUCCCCGGAUGCAUCGCGUUCCUCAUGACGGCCGCUGAGUUCGCGCUUUUGCAGCGCACCUCUGUCGUCACGUUGUCCAUUGCAGGCAUCUUCAAAGAGGUUGUAACCAUCAUGGCCGCAUCUGUUGUCUUCCACGAGAAGCUCACGGCGGUCAACUUUGUCGGUCUUGUUACCACCCUCAUUGCCAUCAUGGCGUACAACUAUAUCAAGAUUUCGAAAAUGCGCGGAGAAGCCCGCACGGGGAAAGCCCCAGCCCGAUAUCAGCGCGCCUCGGCAUCCGAUCACUCCAGUGCAAGCGAAUUCGAGGAUGACGAUACCCUUGAAGAGACGAGUGGUUUGCUGCGCCCCAACGGGGACAUGGGCCACGACGCUCUCAUUACAACUGACGGCGAUAUCCACCCUAAUGUCCUGGGUAUCUCCACACACGAUGAGAGCAAGGAGUCUGCCAUGAAUCGCCAUGACGACUGAGCGCACCGACAGUUUCCCAGCGUCUGUUUUGUCAUAUUUCCUAUUUCAUCUACAAGAGCCAGGGAUUUAUUCGGCUGCACAUAUUGUCAUAAUUGGGACUACAUCACUGGGCCAUAUGCGGGCCAAUGCAAGGGUUAUUGCAUUGGACGGACUAUUUUUGGACAUUCGCUUGUAGAAUGCACAGCAUCGGAGUACUUAGGGC